AAUCUUUGUGCAAACGUGAAAAGGAAAAAAUGGAAGACAAUGCAGAGUUGGAGUCGGUCCUUCCCUACCUACCGUUUCAAAUUGGAUCUUCGAGUCGUCUGUUAUGGCCAUCCAAAGUGGUUGAUGCUCUAGAGGCGAUGUCUAAAGGUCCUGAUCACAGCCGAGUCCACUCCGGCGAAGUCCUCUCCAUCGCCAUUUCCGACAUCAGAGCUUCUCUUUCCCUCGCCGAGCCCCUCGCUCCCUCUGCCCCUCAAGGAUACGCCCUCUUCUUCGACGAGCUCAUAUCCAGAGCCGACUCCACAAAUUGGUUUAAGGAUGAUAUUCCUAAAUUAGCCGAUCUGCUACUGCGUUUGCCUUUCCUUAUAGACCUUCACUAUCAGAAUACGCGGCCUUAUGGAUACGGUCUCCGCAUAUUGGGUCCGCAGCAACCAGGCGUGGUGCUUCUCUCCCAGGAGUUGAUCGCCGCUCUACUUGCAUGCUUGUUUUGUUUGUUUCCAAUCUCUGAUAGAGGUCCAAGACAUCUGCCAACCAUCAACUUUGAUCAAUUGUUUGCGAGUCUCUAUGAAAGUUAUAGUGAGAGCCAAGAAAAUAAGUUGAGGUGCAUUGUGCACUAUUUCCAAAGGAUAUGUUUGCAAAUGCCUACAGGAUCUGUCUCAUUUGAGCGCAAGCUUCUCUCUUUAGGACACCAUCCUUUGCAAUCAUGCCUUUCUUAUCCAGAUGCUGAUUUUUGGACCAAAUCAACUAUCCCUCUGUGCCCUUUUCAGGUUCACAGCUCAGGUUUAAUAGAAGAUCACGCUAUUGGGACACUUGAAGUGGAUUUUGCAAACAAAUAUCUAGGAGGUGGUGCUCUAAAUAGGGGCUGUGUGCAGGAAGAAAUUCGCUUCAUGAUCAAUCCCGAACUGAUUGCUGGCAUGCUGUUCUUGCCUUCGAUGGCAGACAAUGAAGCUAUAGAAAUUGUCGGAACAGAGAGGUUCUCUGACUAUACAGGGUAUGCCUCUUCAUUUCGGUUUACUGGUGACUAUGUGGACAAAAGGAAUGUUGAUUCCCUUGGAAGACGUAAAACCAGAAUUGUUGCCAUAGAUGCUUUGUGCAGUCCAAGAAUGAAGCAGUACAAACUUAAUUACCUUCUUCGGGAGACUAAUAAGGCAUUCUGUGGCUUUUUGUAUCAAUCAAAGUAUAUCCAGUACAAGAGACUGUUCAAGAUCAUGAACUCAGUGCAGUUAAAUGAAGCUUCUUUUCUGCCUGUUGAGACAAAUGGAGAAUUUAGGACAGAGGAGCUUGGAAAGUCUGAUGAGAAAUGUGUUCAAUUAAAGGACCCCGAAAAUUAUGUCGGGAUAGCAACGGGAAAUUGGGGCUGUGGUGCAUUUGGAGGAGAUUCCGAACUGAAGGCCAUGAUUCAAUGGCUUGCCGCUUCUCAGGCUUUAAGACCCUUCAUCUCAUACUACACUUUUGGUCUGGAGGUACUGCAAAGUCUUGACCAGGUGACUCAGUGGAUUCUAUCGCAUAAAUGGAAUGUUGGAGACCUUUGGAACAUUUUGGUAGAAUACUCAUCCCAGAAACUGAGGGGAGAAACAAACGUUGGCUUCUUUACUUGGCUUCUACCUUCUUUGCGGAAAUAAUACAAUGAAAUUUGUGAUGCUUAAAUUUUUUAUUUUUUUGGUGGGAUUCUGCUGAGUUUAACUUAUGUGAAAUUUAUGUAUCUAGACCGACCACAUGCAACUCUUACCUGGGCCAACAAUAG